AGAGAACACCCAGUUGGUUGAGUGAAUGGGCCGAGGGGAGUUAUGAUUGGCUGCGCCGGGAAGGGGUAGUGCCGUGUGAGGCUCUGUUGCUGGGCAGGGUAAAAUGGCUGCGUUAGACAGGGUGAAGGUGCUGGUGCUGGGGGACUCAGGUGUUGGGAAGUCUUCACUUGUUCAUCUGUUGUGCCAAAACCAGGUGUUGGGAAACCCAUCUUGGACAGUGGGCUGCUCAGUGGAUGUCCGAAUUCAUGACUACAAAGAGGGGACCCCAGAAGAGAAGACCUACUACAUUGAGUUGUGGGAUGUUGGCGGUUCAGUGGGCAGUGCUAGUAGCGUGAAAAGCACACGGGCAGUGUUUUACAACUCUGUGAAUGGCAUAAUAUUAGUGCAUGAUUUAACCAACAAGAAGUCCUCCCAGAACUUGUGUCGAUGGUCAUUGGAAGCACUUAACCGAGAUGUGGCUCCAACUGGAGUGCUGGUGACGAAUGGGGACUAUGACCGUGAACAGUUUGCUGAUAACCAGAUUCCACUGCUGGUGAUAGGAACCAAAUUGGACCAGAUCCCAGAGACUAAGCGCAAUGAAGUUUUGACCAGAACAGCUUUCCUGGCUGAGGAUUUCAAUGCAGAAGAGAUUAAUCUGGACUGCACCAAUCCCCGCUAUCUGGCUGCAGGCUCAUCCAAUGCUGUCAAGCUCAGCAGGUUUUUUUGAUAAGGUCAUAGAGAAGAGAUACUUGUCACGAGACGGUAAUCAGAUUCCUGGCUUUUCUGAUAGAAAAAGAUUUGGAGGUGGUACAUUGAAGAGCCUUCAUUAUGACUGAACACUGCUCACUGUCCAGAGACUGAAUGGAAGAUGAGUUUUCUCUCCGUUUGCAGCAACAUUCCUAUCCCUGUUGGACUCUUAAAGGCAACGAUCCUCAUGCCAGGCUUUGGCCAACAGGACUAUGGAAGCUACCAGUGCUGAUGAAGGCACAAGGAAGAAUCCCCCAAAUCUGUUUUGGGGUCCAAACUCUCUCCUAGGCUUAAGAACUUUGUGGAAAUACUGGAUCUUUUUGAAUUGGUGUAAUAAAUUCUGUGUUUCCCACGCUGUUGUAGGAAACAUUCUCA